AUGUCGAGCCAGUACAGUGAAGAAGCGCUCUCUGUGUUUGAGGUGCCGCUGGCCCCGAUAGGAGAGGGCAACGAGUUCCGCACACAGAACACAUCCUCAGAAGAUUGGGAGCGACGAAACGUCGUCGAGAGAACCCAAGAUGCAGUUCACGUUUAUUGCGAUUUGAUGGACGUCAGACACGGUACUCUUGGUGCGGCUGCAGAUAUGGAGCUUGCAACACUGCUCGUUUUCCGCUUCCGCUUCGACCCUCAGAAGAAAUCGAGACGGAUUCGUGAAGCGACGGUCAAGAUUGAGUUUGCCCCUAUUACAGCUGGCCAGGAUCCUCCCGAGGUGGCAAGCAUCGCUCCGGACGAGCGCUGGAGCCUGGUGACAACGACAGAUCACGAGGAAAUUGUUAAGGGAAGCGAGCUGAGCCUUGGUGGGUCCGCAGCAUCUGUACUCACGGCGACGGGAAGCCUGAAGAUGCAGAAAACAACAACGCGCGAUAUCAGCGAUGCGACGACGGUGACAGGUACAACAAAUCUUGGUACAGGGCGUAACUCGGGGCUGGAGACGGAUGCUCGGGUGCCUGAUUCAGUGCGUGUUGCAGUGCUCGUCCGGCGCGAGACAGACGAUCCAUUUAAUGCCGUUGUGACGAUUGAGGCCGAGGCGGACCUGGCCACGAAUUUCGGCAGUCUAUUCAGGAAAGUGCCCCUAGACGAUCCGGUGCUCUUCAAUCCCAAGGCCGAGCGGAAGGGGUCGAAGGAAAACGAAGGUCGAUCUCGUGGAGUUGAGAACCUUGGUGAUGAACCAUUGUACUCUUACUGUGAAGCGCGGGUGGUUGGUCGCCGCGUCUGUUUUGAGGAUUAG